UCUUUUGGUUGUCAACUCUUCAGAAUUUGUUACGCAUCAAGUUUGCACACAACUUGGUUCAAGCGUUCUCUAUGUCGUCGCCAAGGUUUUCCAGGAGAUGGGUGUCUUCAGGGCUUGGCAUGAGUUCUUCACCCUCAGAGCUGGAAAGUAGUGCAACUUGGGGGGCCUCUGGAGCCGAUGAGGACUGGGAGAAUUCUUCUUCUAGCUCAGAUCUGGAAGGUAUAGCAUCAUCCAAACUCAGGAAACAAACCACCCAAAAGCAAGAUUAUCAAAAUGCCGUACUGAGCUUUUUCAGUGGCAAAGAUCUUGGUAUUCCUUCUCUAGGCAGAUCUUCAGAAACAUUGACCAUGGCGCCUGGAGGCUGGGAACGUAGUUGUGAAGUGUUAUAUGAAUAUUUUUUAAAGCAGUUUGCAAGUAUGGAUGAGCAGCCAGUGGUUGUUGCUUUCAAUGAGUUGCAAACCUUGUUGAUUCGACUCCAAGAAGAUUACAGAACAGUCUGUGCACAGAAAACAAGCCCUGGGGAUGUUGCUGGUAUUCUUGGAGCCUUUAAGACCUUAGAACGAGUGUUGAUACCACUGUUGGGUCAUCCAGUGCCUGAAGUUCGUGAACGUACGGUGAUAUUAUUGAAUGUCUUGUACGAUGGUCAUGAGUUGCAACUGACAGAGUCACUGAACGUGUCUGUUCAGUGUGUAGGUGAAACAGCAGACUUGGAAAUUCCAGUCCACGGUUUAACUGACAUUAGAGAAAUUGACAACUAUGUUUUAUGCUUGUCUGAAACUAAUCGAGAGAGUUAUUUGGCUCCUUGUCGUUGGCUACGUUAUUCAAUUCUUUACAAAAAUGGUUAUUUGAAAGUAAAAGGUUUACCAGGAUUUUCAAGAAGUGGUUUUUAUGACUGGUAUUUUGCGGAGAAACCCAAAGACGUGAAACCGGAGAGUAGUUUUGUGUUUCUUCCUCCCGUUAGUUUGCCCUUUUGUGAGGCUCGACUACAGAAAGGGAGAAUCAUUGUGCAUCCAUCGAAUAUUCGUGAUAGUUUGCUUUAUGAGUUGCCGGUUGACCAAGUGGAUGCUACUUGGGAUUCUAAGACGGGAGAACUAAAGAAACGAGGUUCAUUUGAUUUGGUUGCUCAGAGACUACCUGAUUUACGCCUCGAUGGCAUAACUCAUGUAUAUUUAAUGGGAGCACUUGCAAGGCCCACUGAUGAUCCCGAGGCACCUCCAGGUGAAAUUGCUGAUCGUUCUCAGCCUGCUGCCAUUCUAGGAGGUGCCAUCGCUUUUAAGAAUCUUGUAUCGGAAGCUAAUCGUUUAGGAGUUGGAACCAUCGUGGAUGGCUUUUGUCGUGUUUCUAGAAAUGCUCACCACCGGAAGUAUAAUCCGUUGGUAGUUUAUACGAAGAACUCAGAAGGACUUCUGAUUCCACAUGCUGGUACCGAUGGACGAGAAUUGCAAUGGGACAAUACAUGUUUGCUUAAUUAUAGAAAGUUUGAAGCUUGGGAACUUUUCUAUCAAGACAUAUAUCGCUUAAUACAUGAGUUUGGAAUUCAAGGUGUACGUUUAGAUAAUGCACAAAGCUACCCUCUUAUAAUGAAGGCAGAUUUGGAGGAACUCUUUCGAGUAGAUGUCGAUGGGGAGUUGCAUUAUUCUCUUGAUGACAUUUUACACGCCAAAGUUGUGAAAACAAACGAAGACUGUGGUUAUUGGUUAACGGAAGCUGCUUUAGAUUUUGGUUAUCCAAAUCCAUUUCUUGUUCGCCUGACAAAGCGUAUUUGGAAUGACUUCCCUAAUUUUAUUAUUUUAGCAGAAGCUCAUUUUCAACGGGAACCUCAACUUGCUUUUUCAGGUGUCAUUCCGCAUACCAUUCGGGUUGCACAGAUAUUGGCUUCCAUUUGUGGACAGUCACUUCGAAGAGAUGGGAGUGUUUCUAAGCUUCCAGAAUCAAGAAAGUCUACAGCAAGAACGCUUUCACGUUUGUAUCGUUCUUGCAAGUAUACUAUGCCUAAAGGAGCAAUUCAGCUUGGUUGCACGUGUACCCACAAUUCACCUUACCCAGGAGUGUUAUAUGGAAGAAGAGCUUGGUUAGCUGUUGACUUGUUAUACUUUUUACCAGAGGUUCCCAUAUUGUUUUAUGGUGAAGAGAAUGGAAGGAUGUACCGUUUUAAUAUGGCCACUGUUAGUCAAAGUAUUGAGACACAUCCUUUUUAUGAUGUCAAUUAUGAAAAUGUAUUGCCCAAAUCUCCUCGUAGCACCGAUUCUUCGAGUCCAGCUGAUGGAAUUUCUACUUUAGUAUUGGAUGAGUUAAGUCAUUUAGACACCGAUUCUCCUCCCUCCAAAGCACUGACGACUCCAUCCUCUGCAAAAAAGAAGAAGAAAAAGUCAUCGCUGUUCUCUUUAGAGUUGAAACGCUCCUCGGGUUCCUCACAGUCAUUGGUUCGAAGUCAGUCCAUCGAUGAUGUACGUGGAAUGAGCAUUCGAAGUGUUAGUGUCGAUGACAUUGGAAGCCUAUCUCGACUGGAAGAAGAUACGAGGCUGAAGAUCGGUCCAGGAGUAGGAUACGAUAUACGAAUGAUUCGUGGACAUUAUGAGCAUCGACUUAGUAUUCGCAUGUUUCAUCCCGCAUUCCGCCAUGGUAGUCUUACUAUUCUGGAUGUAUCAUUGCAUCUCAAAGAACAAGUUUUCGCAUUUGUGCGUUCUACGGAUGAUAGUUUAAUCGUAGUUGCGAUGAACAUGAAGUGUGACUUGGAUGGCAAUGAGUUUCGAGAGCCUUGUGAGGUAGAGCUAGAUUUCAAACCUCUAUCGGAGACUUUGAGGAAUGAAAUUUAUCAGAAGAAUGAAGACAAGCUGUUUUAUUUUUUGGAAUGUUUUACCAAGGAGAGUUAUCCAGAGUUGCUGACAUUUCACGAGUUGUUAUUCCGCAAGUAUCCAGUAAAACUAAAGCCGUUAGGUACUAUUGUUUUAUCUCCCGAACGUUCGACUCAGUCCAGAGAAAAUGAACAUCUUCACUUGGAACAAUGCUUGGCAAGACUUCAGAUGGAUGGUGUAGAUAUGAAAGACCCGAGAGAAAAUGCACUGGCUUGGAAAUUGACACGUGCCGCUGCAGACUCACUUCAACAGUUUUCCAAUGUCUUUUAUGAUAUAUAUUCUCUAAUGUCAGCUUCUGGUAUGUUAGAAUCAACAAUUGUUCAUCUUUGUUCUGUUUGCUUGCAGAGAGCUACGGUUCCAAGAUAUGAGGCAUUCUAUGCUCCUAAGAAUCUCAUCCCUCCUCGUGGUGAAAGGGUACUGAGCUUAUUGAUACAUUUAUCCUGUUGUGCAAAAGAUUUCCAGUUUCGCAAAACUUGUCAGAAGAUUUUGAAGAAUAUUAGUGAAAUCGGACCUUUAGUUUUUGUUGCUCCAGAGUUGGGACGAUUUUCAACUGCUGGUGGACUUGGCGUUAUGGUAGAUGAGCUAACAAAAGGCUUAGCUGCCUUAGGUUCGGAAGUUUAUGUGAUAAGUCCUUACUACAGUGUGAAUAGAAAGGGACAGUGGAAGUAUUUAGAACCGGACGGUAUUAUUUGGACUCGAAAUAUUCAAGUACGUGUUGGUUCUCGUGAUGUAACAGUGGGCGUCUAUGAAGGUGUGGAAGAAGGAGUUCAUCUCAUCUUUUUAGAGCAAGGAGAAUAUUAUCCUAAAGUUUAUGCUGAUAUGGCAAACCAGAGACGUCAAUUGGAACUCAUUGUUUUAACUUCUCUAGCUUCUUUAGAGGUGCUUUGUCAAAAAUCCUUGCCACCUGCUCUAUUUAUUACGAAUGAUUGGAUAGCUGCAUUAUCGGCUGGUUAUGCAAAGCAAGGCUUUUUUGGAAGUUUUUUUGAGAACACUACAUUCUUCCACAUUAUUCAUAACUUGGGAGAUGCUGUUUAUGAAGGAAGAGUAUAUCCAAAUGAAAGUGAAGGUUUGUUCGAAGAUGUACACCGUCUACCUGUGUCGUUGGUAUUUGACCCGUCCUGGUCUCAACCUAUCGUUAAUCCAUCUCGAUGUGCUUUAUUGUGUUCCGACACUUGGGGAACUGUUAGUAAUUCCUAUUUGGAAGAACUGGUUACUUUUCAUCCUUUGAAACACAUUCUUCGUUUGGCACGCUGUCCUUUUGGAUAUCCCAACGGCAUUAGAAAAAAGGAGAGAGAAGCGCUAUUGAAGACUCGUGGUGGCGGUUCACAUCUCCAAGCAAAGACUAUCAUUCAACAACGUUUUUUCCAAUUCCAGACUUUGGAUGCUUCUAUUCCCUUAUUUUGUUUUAUUGGUCGAGUAACGUCACAGAAAGGAGUACAUCUCAUUCUUCAGUCAGUGGAACAAUUAAUACAAUUCACUGGAGGCAAAAUACAGUUUCUUAUUGGUGGCCCAGCGAACCGAGCAGAUCCCUAUGCAGCAAGCUGUGCAGUACAAAUGGAAUAUCUUCGCUCACGUUAUCCUUGGCAGUUUUGGGCAGCACCUGAUGAGUUUUUCACGGACGGCCCACUUGUCAAUCUGGGAGCAGAUUUUGGUAUGAUGCCGUCCAUGUUUGAACCUGGUGGUAUUGUGCAACAUGAAUUCUUUGUGGCUGGAACGCCUGUAAUUGCAUAUCGUACUGGUGGUUUGAAGGAUACGGUUCAUGAAUGGGAUGGAGAUGCAUUGGAAGGUAAUGGAUUUACUUUCGAAGAUUAUGCUUUACCAGCAUUUGUGGAUGCUACGAAACGUGCUUUGAGAGUAUUUUCUAGACAAGAUGAAUAUCAAGAGCUUCGUAAAUCUGCUUAUGAGUCUGUAAUUGAUGUAAGCCAAGUUGCAUUUGCUUGGUACAAGGAAUUUCAUCGGUUGCGGAACGUCAUCUUUAGAAGGGAAGCUUUGUUGCAGAAAGAAUACGUUGAUUGCAUGUCAGCUUCCUGUUCAUAUCUCUCCGACAACUGUCGCUAUGUUUUGUUUUAUUGGUUGGAUGAUGAUGGUGGAGAUAGACCCGUCUUUCUUAAAGGUUCAUUUGAUGGCUGGUCCAAUCGUUGGUGUUUUGAAGAAUACAAACCUCCUCUGGUGAAACCUGAUGUCACUAUUGAAUGUGCUAUUUCACCUAAACAGAAAAAACCUUGUCGACAGUUGUUAUUAAAGCUAGUACCAGGUUCGUAUACUUUCAAGUUCUUGGUUCAAGACGAAUGGCAGGUGAGUUGUUUACAGGCGGUUGUCUCUGAAGGAAUUUUUCAAAACAAUGUGAUGCAAAUUUCUUAAGUGUUGAUUUGAUAAAAUAAAUGGAAAUAUAUGGAUUGAUUCUCACAAGAGAGAAUUAAGAAUCG